UCUUUAUCUUGCUUACUUCCUUCUUCCCUGUACCGUCAGGUACAUAAGGCAGAGAGCAGUCGACGCCACGCUUGUCUGUCCCUGGCCACGUCCUCCAAUUUCGGCACAUCCAGGCUCUGGGUGAUUGCCUAAUCACUUAUAAGUUAUUCUGCCUCUAUAGCUUACAGGUCCUUGUUGGAAAUCUGUCAAUCGUCUUCACAGAACCGGACUACGCCGUCUCCCGGACACAAGAAGAAUUGCAAGCACCUGUCUGACCAAGAAGACUUCAUGUAAACUGCUCGUCUGCUGACUGAGUUUAUUAAAAAGUUUCUUCCAUAUAAUUUUCUUUUCGAAUGGAAGUUUCGCCGAAACAUAUCCGAUUUUCUGGGAGAACUGUCACAACUGAAAGUAUCGUUUCUUGGACGUUUUCAGGACAGUAGACACAUUUCUAUUGUUUCUGGUUUUGCAGGCUGUGUGUUUUUUCGUGGGGGUUUUUUGUGUGUUUGUUUUUUUCUUGUUUUUUGGGGGGGCGGGUUGAAAUUUUAAUUAAGCGUGGCUGCCCACCCCUUGAACCAUGGCCGAGUUCGGUGUUUCGGAGAGCUUGCAGAAAAUUCUGGACGAAGAAGCAGCUAUGGCUCAACAGAGGGAUAACCUGAAGUGGAUUCCUAUGAACGUUGUGUCUGGAAUGAACCGAUCUCUGGAAAAUUUAGGAGGUGAGGGAAACGGGGCCUCAUCUUUUGUUUCCAACGGCGGAGGAAAUAACAACGGCGACGACGACGACGACGACGACGACGAUAUCGACGAUACGAUCUACGAGGGACUCAACUCUAUCCAGGAAGCGGUGGAAGAGCAAGUGAGACGUGGGAGUCUGUACAGUGAGAGACCCGGCGACGCCGAACGUCCGAGCGAGGGGGAGCAACUCUCUCAGAACGAAGUGGAGGGAGGAGGUGUAGCAACACCACAUUUAGAGAAGAGAAAGGAGGAGGAGGAGAAAGGAGGGAGGGAGAAAAAGGAAGACCAAGGAGGAGGAGGAGGAGAAGGGGAAGGAGAAGGAGCUACAGCUUCGGAAGAGGAAGCUGUUGGAUCCGGGGACACUGAGGAGUCCGAGAAUUCUGGCCCAGAUUCUGAACAAGGGACAGAAACCAGCGAAAAUAGUGGCUCGGACGACAAAUCUGGGCUUACUCAACAUUCUAAAGGCAGAAAGAUGGACGAACCGCCUAUUGACUACAGCAGAAGGGGGAACCCUUUACCGGAUUACGGCAAGAGUGAGAGGCCAAAAUCUUCUCUGAAAGACAAUGUGGCCACACAGCUGGACACACAGGGGGCAGGCGCCCAGAGAGACAGAAACCCUCAGCAGGAAGCAGUGCAGGGGUCAAGAAUGGACACUGGUCACUCUAAUCAUGAGCCUGUCGCCCCAGUGGACAUGUCCGACCUGUCCAAACUGACCAAUCUGACGGAGAACACCAUCACAGACUGUUUGGAGGCGCGCUUCAAGAAAGACAUCAUCUACGUCAUCCUGGUGUCGGGGGAGUCCGGGGCGGGAAAGACAGAGGCCACCAAGUACAUGGUCAGGCACCUCAUGGCCAUUGGCGGGAGCGAGCUGGACAACCUGGAGGAGAAAGAGGAGGAAGACGUGUACUAUAUCCUGGCGGCCGUGCUGCUCAUCGCUGAGGUAGAGUUUAAAGAGGAGGAUCAUGACACUGUGAGCAUUGCGAAUCAAGAGGUGGUCGCUAAAG